AUGGCGCUGCGCCGCGACUUGGCAGAGUGGAAAAGAAUACAGAGGCAGGGUGGACUAUCUCGAAGAUUUUCGAAAGUCGUGUCCUAUUACGGUCUCACAACUCCGCCAUAUAAACUGGAUGCUCUGGAACCUUAUAUGAGCAAGAGGACAGUUGAACUUCACUGGGGUAAGCACCAUCAAGAUUACGUGGAUGGCUUGAAUAAGCAGCUGGCUACCAGCCCUCUGUAUGGAUACACUCCGGAGGAUCUGAUAAAAGAAGCUUACAACAAUGGCAAUCCAUUACCAGAGUAUAACAAUGCAGCACAGGUCUGGAACCAUCACUUCUUCUGGGAAUCAAUGCAACCAGAUGGUGGUGGCUUACCUGAGGGAGGUGUACUGCAGCAGAUUGAAAAGGAUUUUGGCUCAUUUACUAAUUUUAGGGAAGAGUUCAUCCGCUCAUCCUUACAACUAUUGGGGUCUGGUUGGGUUUGGCUUGUCUGCUGCACUGAUUCAAGCUACUGA